CCGGCCCUGUUGACACUGGUGUGGAAAAGAUGGCUGCUUCGGCGGCAACUGCGACUUCUUCCCCCGGUUUGUGUCCAAAUUACGCCGUAAUUUGCUCUUUUCUGGAGCGAUACGGCGCAUUGUUGGAUUUGCCGGAGCUGACCUUUCCUCAGCUUGAGCGAUACCUGCAGGACACGUCUACAGUUCCAAAGCUGCUGGUUGAUCUUCACGUGAAGCUGCUGAGGAAGAUCGGUAAAUCUGUGACCGCUGACAGAUGGGAAAAGUACCUGGUCAAGGUGUGUCAGGAGUUCAACAUGACGUGGGCCUGGGAGCUGGAAGAGAAAGGCUACAAACAGAUGCCCAUGGAGAGCAAAACGGGAAUACUGAAGUUUUUGUGUGAAAGCCAGUUUGACGAGAACGUGAAGUUCAAGACGGCCAUCAACGACGAGGACCCGGAUAAGAUGCGCCUGCAGCCGAUCGGCCGCGACAAAGACGGUCAGAUGUACUGGUACCAACAAGAUCAGGACAACAACGUCCGUCUUUACAUCGAGGAGCAGGACGACCUGGACGGCGCCUCGUGGAAGUGCAUCGUUAGAGAUCGGAACGACUUGGCAGAAGUCGUCGCUUUGCUGAAGACACAAAUCGACCCGGAGCUUUUUAAAAAGAAGGAGACUAAACUGGAGGGUGAGGAGGACAAAGACGCCGAGAACAAAGAUGAUGCAAGAAAGACUGAAGAUACGUCAGAUGAAGAACACGAAGACUCAAAGAAAGGCGUCUGUCCGAUUUCUUCAAAGUCGAAAAGCGACGAAGAAGCAGCAACACAGAAAGAUGAGCUGAAGCCUGAAGGUGCUGAGGUCAAAUCUUCCUUAAACGGCGUCGUAGAAAGCAAAGCCGAGUCGGACGUCUCCUCAGAGAACGUCAGCAUGGAAGCGCAGACCAUCAAACAAGAGUCCGCGGACGUGUGGGACGUUAAAUCGAACUCAACUGAGACGCCGCCGACAUACGAAACGACAUCCGUAAAGACGGAAAAAGCAGAAGAGCUGAAGAAGAGCAGUUCAGAGGAGAUCCAGCAGGCGCUGAAGAACGAGGCCAAAAUCCCCCUGAAGAAACGCGGGAUGAAGUUCAGCGAAGACUUGGAGAGGAACGGUUCCAUCGGGGUUCAAACCCCAACCGUUUGCAACCAGAAGGAAGUCUCCAAGGAGGUUUCCCCAGAAACCCCGGAGAAGUUUCAGAGACUGAGCGACCACGUUAAUGGCGAAGUCGAGCCGUCGCUGCAUAAAGCUGCUGCUGGUGAGGAGAUGGGGAACAAAGAAGCCGCGAAUGAAAACGUUCCUCCGGCUGCAGAGGAGGACGGCGCAAAAAGCCGAAAGGUCGAGGCGAACACUGCAGAGGCGGAACAGGAAGUGGCAUCACACCAAGAAGACACGAGGACAACGCACAGCGUUCAAGAAGAGACGAAAGCCGAAAACAGAGAAGGUCCAGAGUCGCCUUUGGCACCACUGGGUGAGACUCGUCCGUGUAAAGAGACAAACAGUCCAGGAAACGACAUCAACCGGGAACCAAAAAUGGACCAAUCCUGUGAGAGCAGAACUCCACCUCUGAAAAAAACAUCUGAAACCGAAUCAAACGACUUGAAAUUAAGUCACGGCGUCACUUCCAAAGAAACAGAAUCAAAGAUCCCACAGGAGAAUGUGGAAACAGAACCAGAGUCUGAGCCUCCACAAAGCCAAACGGAAAAGGACACGAAAGGAACGCAGCGAGCUCAGGCUGGCGAAGAAACUUCUGCCGAACAAAAGAGGCCGGAAGGCAACGACGAAUCAGACAAAACUGAGGGAAAAACCGACAAAUCUGAACCCAGUGAGUCCAGCGACGGCAUCACAGACACUCCAGGCGCAGAAAAGUCCAGAACUAGUGUUGACUGUGACAACGGUACGACGCCCGACGCUGCAAAGGCCGGUGACUGUCCGCCAGAAGAAGCAUCCGCCGUUAAAGACGACCUCAGAAAGCUCCAGGAGGACGUAAAGACGCAGACAGAAUCCGGUCAAGAGGAGAAGAAGGAAACUCCUGAGGAGGAGGAGAAACCGUCUGGCCCUGCAGAGGCCACGAAGGUCACCGACAAAAAGACAGAACCACCAAAGGAGCAGGCGGCGCCUGAACUUAAAGUCGCCCCCGCAGAGCGUCCACCAUCAGAAGGUAGGGGGGAGGUUCCCGGUGAAGGAGACGCGGGGAGUAAGGAACUUUCACCUGACCGAGUCACAGAGUCUGAUGGACUCCAAAAAAAGGAGGAACCAGAAGAGGAGGAACGAAGAAAAACACCAACGAAGGAGGAGUGUGAGGUCCAAACCAGGAGCAAAGACGCUGAGACAGAAUCCUUAGACGACAAAAGCUCCAAAGAACCGGCCACCGUCGAGCAAAGGGGGGAGGUGGCCAAUGGAGAGGAAGCUCCGCCUCCGCGGAAAAGAAAGCCAGCCCACCGGAGGAAAGCCGAGCUCCAGAGGGAGCAGCGCCUGGCCGACUCGGAGUCGGACUCGAACACUGGGAUGUGUCUGCGAAGGUCGCCGAGGAUCUCCAGACCCACGAGCAAGGCAGUGGAGAUUCAAGACAAGAAGUCCGAAAAGGUGCCGGUUUGUGCGGCGCAAAAGGACGAUAAAGAAAAAGAGGAAGAGGAGGGGGAGGAGGAGGAAGAGGAAGAGGUCAAAACUGUUGAGAGGAAACCUAAAGAGAAAAGAGCUGAGCAGGAGGGUCAGCACAAAUCCAAGGGGAGGAGGAGGCGGCGGGUGCGCUGGAGCAACACCAGAUCCCGCCGGAGAAAGAAAACCUCCGAGGAUGAAGAAGAAAACAGCGAUGGGGAGUCCUCCGACGAGGAGGAGGAGAGCGAGGAUGAGGACGAUAGCGAUGAAGACUACAAGGUUCAGCUGAACAGAAAGAGGCGAAACCGAAACCGUGAAAGGCGGAGCUCAGACUCCUCCACGUCUUCGGACGACGACCUACCUCCCAACGACGACCCCUGCAAACACUGCGGUCUUCCAAACCAUCCGGAGCUGAUCUUACUAUGCGACUCGUGCGACAGCGGCUACCACACAGCCUGCCUCAGACCGCCGCUCAUGAUCAUCCCCGACGGGGAGUGGUUCUGCCCCCCCUGCCAGCACAAGCAGCUCUGCGACAAACUCGAGGAGCAGCUCCUAAACCUCGACGCCGCUUUGAAGAAGAAAGAACGAGCAGAGAGGAGGAAAGAGCGUCUGAUUUACGUGGGAAUCAGUCUGGAGAACAUCAUCACGCCGUCUACUCUGAAUUCGUCGCAGGUGGAAGAAGAAAAGCCGGAAAUAGUCAUAAAGGAGAAGAAGGAGAAGCGCAGCAAAGGCUGGGGUCGGAGGUCGACCAGGGCGAAGAAGACCAUCAGCUACAGGUUUGAUGAAUUUGACGAGGCGAUCGAAGAGGCCAUUGAGGAAGACAUCAAAGAGGCCGAAGGUGGAGGAGCGGGUCGGGGGAAAGACAUGGCCAACAUCACGGGUCACAGAGGAAAAGACAUUUCCACCAUCCUCCAAGCAGAGGAGGGCAAAGAGAACGGCCGGCCGCCCCGGCCCAGCGCCGGCCAGCGCAGGAAGAAGCGCCGGCGACUCAACGACCUGGACAGCGACAGCACGGUGGACGAGGAGGAAAGCGAGGACGAGUUCUGCCUCAGCGAAAGCUCCGAAGAAGAGUUCGUGGUGUCGGAAAACGAGUCGGAAGCAGAGACGGAUCCGGGCUCCAACAACAGCGACUUCGGCAGCAACAGCAGCAGGAGGCUACACUCCUCAUCGCGGAGCAGGAAGCUGGAGCCACAGAGGCGGAGCUCCAGGAAGAGGCGCAGACCCCGGGGGUACUCAGACGACGAGGAAGAGGAGACGGACGAGGAGGAGGAAGAUGAAAUCGUGACUGAGGCCUCCAGCGAGUACAGCGACAGCGACCUGGACAUGAGUCGGCGGCGGUCCCGGCGGAGCCUGAAGAAGCAGGUGAACUACUGUGAGACGUCUGAGUCCGAGGGCUCUCAGGCAGGAACCAACCGGCCCAAAAUGAAACCCAGACGGCGCCAGGACAGCUCCAGCAGCUCCAGUGAAGCGAGUUUUGGAGACUCUGAAGAUGAAACGAGGGAUCACAGGGUGAAGAGGAGGGCGGAGUCCUCAGAUGAAGAUUCCAGGCAGCGGCGCAGACGUCUUGCGCUGAAACGGCGGCGAGCAUCUGAGGAUGACGACUCGGAUAGCGACUCUGACGACUCCUCAGAAGAGGACCGUCCCGUUCGUAAACGAGUGAACCGCAUCGACUCGGACGACGAGGAGGAGGAAGAGGAGGUGAAGCCGGCGGAGAGGAAGGCCGCAGAGGAGGCCUCAAAGGGAACAGAGGACUGCAGUUCGGAGCUGCAGCCCGCAAACGGACAGAGUAAGGGGCGGAGCCACGACGGCGUCAUCAGGCGACCCUCCCCCGCCACGCCAGGCCUCGCUCAGCCAGACCCGCCCAAAACCACCGGCUCCACCGCAGCAGCGGCAGCCGCUCCAAACGGUCCGGCGAACGCGGACUUGGCCUCGCAGGAGGAUGACGAGGACGACCUGCUGGGGGUCACGGACCUGGUAGACUACGUCUGCAAUAACGAAGACUUGUAAAAUCAAACUUUCCUUUUUUCUGUGCUGUUGUGCUUUUAUAUUACGUAACUUUAUUAUCUCGCCCACCAACACUUCCGCGCCGCUGUUUGGCUCAAUGCGUCGAAAGGUCAACUGCAGCCUUCAUGCAGUUCUGCUGCCAAACCAGCCAGAACCAGAACUUCUUUGAUCAUUCCACAACUUUAGGUUCUGUAAAGAGGAGAUUUCAACCUACUUACAUUAAACAACAAAAAAAUGACGUGACGCCAACCAAAUCUGUGGGUUUUUUGCAGGUUUACAUCAAUCAAAGUCGCUGAAAAGAGUUUUUUUUUUUUUAAAGUAUUAAAAGCCAAAUUAGCCACGCCCCCUUUUAAUUAUGUGUAAUUCAACAAACCAAACAUUUUGGUAAAUGAAAAUCAUGACACUUCCGGUUUUAUAAGCUAACUUGUCAGCAGGGGGCGCCGCUGCUCCCGCUUUUCCUGCAUGUUUGGGUUCCGUCCUCCACCCAUCCUCACAUGUAAACGGGUGGAGCCUUUGAGAAUGUACAUACGUGUGACCAACCUGCGUCUGUUUCCACUUUUUUACCUGAUUCCUAGAGUAGCUUUUGUAUAUUGUAUACAUGUAAAAUGUUUUGAAAAAACGUUCGCUGACAUCAGCGCCAGUGUUAAACUUUUAGCUUUUUUUUUUUUCUUAAGGUGGGGAUCUCCUCAUCUUCCCAAAUAGACUAGCAUCUAAUUUACAUUCGUAUUUCCUUUUUUUAAUGUAUUUUUUGUAUAUCUAAAUCUUUAUUUGUUGUCUAUUGGAAGAAAAAUGUAAAGUGUCGUAUUUUUAAUGUACAUUUUUGUUGGUGUGGGGUGCAGAAACCUCGUUUUUAACUAUAAAAUUAGCUUUUUUUUCUGUUCAAAUGUCCACAACUCUACCCCGGAACAUGAAUAAUGAAGCGGGACAAAAUGGACAGAAAAAGGAAAAUAAUGGACUUCCAUGGUGAACCCAUUCUGUGUAUAUAUAUAUCUGUAUUUUUGUUCUGUAAUAUAUAUAUAGAAGCAUUUUGUAAUCAAAAAGUAUAUUGGGCAAUUCUUUGGAUUGCAUGAGUUUCUAAUUUUGUUUUUUUGUAGAGAUGCUGGAACAGCUUUUAUAACAAAAACGCUAGCAUGUUCAGAAUUCUCCUUUGAAAUGUGUUGGUGCUGAAGAACGGGUGGAGGAGACGACCUCCUGCUUCUCCACCCAAACGGCCAGGUGCUGCCCGGUCUCUCCAGGUGAGCGCGGACCGCCGCACUAAAAGGGAAGAAGAGACGGUUCGGCGCUUCAGAGGCGUGUUUGUAAUAUAUGGUGUAAAUUCCUCCAGCAUGGUCUCCACAGAGGAGAAGAAACCGCUCUAUUUAUCAGACGGCCAAUAGAAAGACUGAAUCUGUCGCUGCUUCCACAGCGCAGACUCUAUGUUCAGCCUGAGUGUCAUAGAGGUGUGGGUCAGAGGUCGUCUGUGUUGGGGGUUCUUGAGGAGAACCUGCAGCACGUUCCACUCUGGAAAUGGUGACGAGGCACGACUGAUGGUUUCAUGUUUACCUCAUGGUACAUUUGUUCGCCGUCUUUAGGUCAUAGUCGAUCGUCUGUCUGUUUUGUCUGCUUCGUAUGUUUUGGUUCAUUUUACUGUCAUUUCUUAUGGAUCUGAUCUUAUACAUUUGUCAUAAUAAAAUGGGCUGUAAGCCAGA